AUGAGGAGAAGAAUUCAAUGUAGCAUUGUUGGAGAGACAAUGGUUGGAAAAACUACCCUUUUGAAAUCUUAUGUCACGUGCAAACCGCCAGAAAUCUAUUCGCCAACAAUUUACGACAAUAUCAAAGGAUCUGUCGUUCUUGGCAAGAAAAAGUACAAAGUCAACCUCGUGGAUACUGCAGGCCAGCACGAGUACUCCAAUCUUUGUACCGCGACUUACAGAAAAAGCCGAGUGAUCAUCUUAUGCUACAGUGUGAUAGACAGACAAUCGUUCGACCGAAUUAAAACCUUCUGGAUUCCCGAACUCCGAAAGAAUCUGGGAAAACGCGUACCCAUUGUUCUUACAGCCACGCAUACAGACCUCCGAAAUGACAAGUAUAUCAAGAGAUGCAUAGAAGUGGUGUCGUCUAGCGAGGGGAAACAGUUGGCAGACAGUUUUGGGGCAAAGGGUUUUUAUGAAAUUUCCAGAUCCAACAUUUCUCAAACUAAUGACAUUUUUGAAUGUGCCGUCAAGGCUGUAGUUGGCGAGAAGAGGACAUUGUUUACUAUUUUUAAAAAAGUAUUUUGUAAUACCCGAAGAAAUAAAAACUGACAAAAAUGUUUAUGUUUUGCUUCGGUUUGGUAUAGCAUGGAUCAAGGAAAGGGUGGGCAUACUUUCAUGAUAAAUUG